ACCAGUGUGCUUCGCAUUCAGUGCUCAGUCGCAAACGCAGAGCGAAAUUCGAAACGCGCCCGCCAUCAUUGCUUCCUCGUAAUAUCCCUAGUUCGCAGAUAAUGGCUGAUAACGGCGUUCCCCUCGCAGACUUACCAUACGCGCUUCAUCAGCAGGUGCUACAAGCAAGAGGAAAAAGUGGAGCGCACGUUUACUACACGAAUGGUUGGGACAUAAAACAGAGAAAAGGCAUGAAAAUAAAGGCUCCCGGAGAUAUGGUAGAAGAUGCUUCUGUUGCACUUGUGUUCCAUCGUGCAGGCAGCAGCAGAAAUCCUUACCACGAAUUUCGAAUCGGCAAUAAAAGGGGUAUAAACUAUCUCAAGGUCUCGGCGAUGUCCAACGCUUGGGUAGCUGAGUUUAGACUUCAAGGUAACGUGCAAACAGUUAAGAACGUACCAGUACCUAAGACUGUUGCCAGAGAUGGCUUUCAUGUUUUUGAAAUAUCUCGAAGGAAAGACAGCUUAGAGUUGUCAAUGGACAGAAACCCCUUUUUCGAAAAAGGUCAGAUAAAGCACGAAAGUAUAACGGAAUUUACAUAUAUAUAUCAACAUUACAAGCCAGCAGACACGGAAUUCAUCAUAUGGGAAUACCACUACUUCGCUGAUGAUGGAAACAAAGUCCUAGCCAGUGGAGCUUAUCGUCUUGUUGGCCAUCACGACCUUCUCAUUGGAGCCGGCGGCUAUGUAAUAAUCAGCGGCAAAUGGGGUUACCCGCACGUGAAGAUCCGGGAUGGCAAAACUGACCUGGGAGGCUUACAGGUGACGGGAGAACAAGUGAUCGUUGUGAAGGUCUACAAGGAUGGCUACGCUUUGAUGAGCGACACCGAUAAAAAGGCUAUAUUGUUAAAAAAGAAAAACAACGAUGGGUUUUCUUUCAGUUUUCAGUAUACAACGCCUGUGAGAGUCGAUGAUAUUACAAUGGUAUUGGGAGAAUUCAUCGCGUAACAUGCUUUCUUCAGCCUGACCAAAGUGCAUUACGUGGCGCAUGGUUACUUUGGUUUAUAUUCUGCAGUUGAAUAAAUUAUUGCGAUAGA